AUGAAAGGGAAAGCUGGGAAAGCUGGAAAGCAUCCCUCUCUUCUCAAGAUGGGGCUGGCACUCAGCUGGCUUGCAUUUGCCUUCUUCACUCCUGCUAUGUUCCCAGGAGCAUCAGCAGAAUGUCCUGACCAUAACCCUGAUUUACAUCCCUGGUCUCCUGGCCAUAAUGAAGAUCACCAUGUUCACAUUGGUGAGGGCAGAAGGCUUCUGCUUACAUCCUCAGCCACGGUCCAUUCCAUCCACAUUACAGAUGGAGGAAAACUAGUUAUUAAGGAUAACACUGAGCCAAUUGUUUUGCGGACUCGAUACAUACUUAUUGAGAAUGGUGGAGAAAUGCAUGUUGGGAGUGAGACUUGUCUUUUCCAGAGUAAUUUCAGCAUCAUCUUGUUUGGAAGAGCUGAUGAUGGCAGUGAGCCUGACUAUUACUAUGGACUAAAGUAUAUUGGAGUUGGCCAGGGUGGCACUCUGGAGAUGCAUGGGCAGAAGAAGCUCUCUUGGACUUUUCUUAAUAAGACCCUCCACCCAGGAGGGAUGAGUGAGGGAGGUUAUUACUUUGAAAGGAGCUGGGGCCAUCGUGGUGUCAUUGUUCAUGUCAUUAAUCCCAAACUUGGUUCUGUCAUUCAUUCGGACCGGUUUGAUACUUAUAAAUCCAAGAAAGAGAGUGAACGCCUGGCACAAUAUUUGAACACAGUGGCUGAUGGCAUGAUCCUUUCCGUAGCUGUGAAUGAUGAAGGAUCUCAAAACCUAGAUGACACAGCCAGGAAAGCCAUGACCAAACUGGGCAGCAAACAUUUCCUGCGCCUGGGAUUUAGGCAUCCUUGGAGCUUCCUGACUGUGAAAGGAGAUCCUUCAUCUUCUGUUGAAGACCAUGUAGAAUAUCAUGGUCAUCGAGGCUCAGCUGCAGCCAGAGUUUUUAAAUUAUUCCGAACUGAAAAUGGGGAACAUUUCAAUGUUUCUUCUUCUAGUGAGUGGGUUCAAGAUGUGGAGUGGACAGAGUGGUUUGACAAACGUCAAGUGACUCCAUCGAAAGGUGGAGAGAAAAUUUCAGACCUGAGGGCAGCUCAUCCUGGAAAAAUUUGUAUUCGUCCUAUUGACAUCCAGGCCACUACAGUGGAUGGAAUUAACUUAACCACUGAGGUCGUCUACAAAAGUGGCCAGGAUUAUAGGUUUGUGUGCUACAAUAAGAACAAAGCCUGCCAGAAUUACCGAGUGCGGUUCCUAUGUGGUAAAUCUGUGAGGCCCAAACUCACCGUCACCAUCGACACCAACGUGAACAGCACAAUUCUGAGGCUAACCGAUAACGCUCAGUCCUGGAAAGCUGGAGACACCCUGGUCAUUGCUAGCACAGACUACUCCAUGUAUCAGGCGGAGGAAUUCCAGAUAUUGCCCUGCAAAACCUGCACUGCCUAUGAGGUCAAAGUGGCAGGAAAACCAAUGUAUCUCCACAUUGGGGAAGAAAUAGAUGGUGUGGAUAUGAGAGCUGAAGUGGGACUCCUGAGCCGGAAUAUUCUGAUCAUGGGUGAGACAGAGAGAAAAUGCUAUCCCUAUAAAAACCAGAUCUGCAGCUUCUUUGACUUUGAUACCUUUGGUGGGCAUAUCAAGUUUGGACCUGGGUUUAAGGCAGUUCAUCUUGAAGGUGUUGAACUGAAACACAUGGGCCAGCAAAUCAUGGGCCAGUAUCCUAUCCAUUUCCACUUGGCUGGGGAUGUGGAUGAAAAGGGAGGCUAUGAUCCACCCACUUAUGUGAAAGACCUCUCCAUCCACCAUACGUUCUCCCGCUGUGUCACAGUUCAUGGAUCCAAUGGAUUAUUGGUGAAGGAUGUUGUGGGCUACGACUCCCUGGGCCACUGCUUCUUUACUGAAGAUGGACCUGAGGAACGGAACACCUUCGAUCACUGCCUUGGAUUGCUGGUCAAGGCUGGAACCCUCCUCCCCUCCGAUAGGGACAGCAGAAUGUGCAAGAUGAUUACAGAAGAUUCCUACCCAGGAUACAUCCCCAAACCCAGGCAGGAUUGCAAUGCUGUGUCCACUUUCUGGAUGGCAAAUCCCAAUAACAAUCUUGUGAAUUGUGCGGCAGCAGGUUCUGAGGAAACUGGAUUUUGGUUCAUUUUUCACCACGUGCCUACAGGACCUUCAGAAGGAAUGUAUUCCCCAGGCUACUCAGAGCACAUUCCACUGGGAAAAUUCUAUAACAACCGGGCUCAUUCCAACUAUAGGGCUGGCAUGAUCAUCGACAAUGGAGUCAAAACCACAGAAGCAUCUGCCAAGGACAAGAGGCCUUUCCUCUCUAUCAUUUCUGCCAGAUACAGCCCACACAAGGAUGCUGACCCUCUGAAGCCCAGGGAACCUGCCAUCAUUAAGCACUUUAUUGCUUACAAAAACCAGGACCAUGGAGCGUGGCUCCGAGGAGGAGAUGUGUGGAUGGACCACUGCCAGUUUGCUGACAAUGGGAUUGGUCUGACUCUAGCCAGUGGUGGAACGUUCCCUUAUGAUGAUGGUUCAAAGCAGGAAAUAAAGAAUAGUCUGUUUGUUGGAGAGAGUGGCAAUGUGGGAACAGAGAUGAUGGAUAAUAGGAUUUGGGGACCUGGAGGACUGGAUCACAGUGGAAGAACACUUCCAAUUGGCCAGAAUUUCCCAAUCCGAGGAAUUCAGUUCUAUGAUGGCCCCAUCAACAUCCAAAAUUGCACAUUCCGAAAAUUUGCAGCUCUGGACGGCCGGCAUACAAGUGCGCUAGCCUUUCGCCUCAAUAAUGCCUGGCAGAGUUGCCCCAAUAACAAUGUGUCGAAUAUUGUUUUUGAAGAUGUUCCGAUUACUUCCAGAGUGUUCUUUGGGGAACCUGGGCCCUGGUUCAACUUGCUGAAUAUGGAUGGAGAUAAGACAUCUGUGUUUCACGAUAUUGAUGGCUCUGUGUCAGAAUAUCCUGGUUCCUAUAUCAUAAAGGAAGACAACUGGCUGAUCAAGCAUCCUGACUGUAUCAACGUCCCUGACUGGAGAGGCGCUAUCUGUAGCGGACGCUAUGCACAGAUCUAUAUCCAGGCCUAUAAGACGCAUAAUCUGGGAAUGAAAAUCAUCAAAAAUGACUACCAUGACCAUCCUCUCCACCUAGAGGGGGCUUUAACAAAAAGCACUCAUUACCAGCAGUACCAACCAGUCAUCACUCUGAAGAAGGGCUAUACCAUCCACUGGAACCAGACAGCCCCUGCAGAACUUACCAUCUGGCUCAUCAACUUUAAUAAGGGUGACUGGAUCAGAGUUGGAUUUUGCUAUCCUAGAGGUACAACUUUUUCCAUUCUCUCAGAUGUCCAUAAUCGCCUCUUGAAGCGAACCUCUAAGACAGGCACCUUUGUGAGGACCAUGCAGAUGGAAAAACUGGAACAGAGUUAUCCUGGUCACUACUACUGGGAUGAAGACACAGGGCUGCUUUUCCUGAAACUGAAAGCGCAGAAUGAGAGGGAGAAGUUUGCCUUCUGCUCCUUGAAAGGCUGUGAGAGAAUCAAGAUUAAAGCACUAAUCCCAAAGCACUCUGGGAUCAGUGACUGUGAAGCCAGAGCAUACCCAAAGUAUACUGAGAAAGCUGUGGUGGAUGUACCAAUGCCAAAGAAGCUUCUUGGUGCUCAGCUGAAAACAAAGGACCACUUCCUGGAGGUAAAGAUAGAAACCUCUAAAAGCAGAUUCUUUCAUCUUCUGAAUGACUUUGCCUACAUUGAAGUUGAUGGUAAAAAGUUCUCUAUCUCUGAAGAUGGCAUCCAAAUGAUCGUGAUUGAUGGGAACUAUGGGAAAAUUUUGGGUCGUGUUACCUUCAGGAACACCAUUCUGCAAGGAAUUCCAGCACAGAUCCACAAUUAUGUGGAUGCUUUGCCAGACAAUUCCAUAGUGCUGAUAGCAUCAAAGGGAAGAUAUGUUUCCAGAGGCCAGUGGACCAGAAUCCUAGAAAAGAUGGGAGCAGACAACAAUCUUAGAUUAAAAGAAAAAAUGGCUUUUGUGGGUUUCAAAGGCAGCUUCCGCCCAACAUGGGUUACUUUGAACACUGCAGAAGACAAAGCGAAAGUCUUUGAAGUGGUGCCCAUCCCUGUGGUGAAGAAGAAGAGGCUGUGA